AGUCCCGUACACGCACAUGUACGCUAAGCCAUGCCAUGGAGCUUAGCUUAUCAGCUGGGCUAGCUGCAGGUCCUGGUCAGCAGCCGCGCGCUGCCACUACGGCGACGGCGAGUGAAGCGUGCAAGACGGGGAGCAGCAGCAGUAGCAGCUAGCAGUGCAUGGUGGUGGUAAAAGGACGGGGCUGCGACAGCGACGCUGAUCAUUUAUGCGGCCGUGUCGAUACCCACCACAAGCUAGCAGCUUCGCAGGUCGGCUUCCACAUCCUUCUCAUUCAUCUCCCACUGCUAGCUCAGCUGCUGCCGCUCUCUAGCUAGCUAGGGUUUACGCUACGCAGGGCGCCGAUCGGGAUCCGGGCGCUAGCGGCCGGGAGUGGGCAAUCGAACUCGACGGCGGCGAGAUCUGCUUGCCGGUGGUCGCCCGCGCGCAGGAAAUUCGGUUGAUUUGAAGGAAUUGGAGCCCAUUUCCUAAGAUCUUGUGCUGUGAAUCGAGGAUAACACAUCGAUUGAUGACGAGCGCCGUCACGGUAAGAUGAUAAGCAGCAGCGACCAACAGCCGGCGGACGAGGAGCCAGCCCGGAAGUACGCCGCCGCCGUGGCGACCUCGCGGCAAUGGUCGGCGCAGACGGAGUCGCGCAUCGUCCGCGUCUCGCGCGUCUUCGGCGGCAAGGACCGCCACAGCAAGGUGAAGACCGUCAAGGGGCUGCGCGACCGCCGGGUGCGUCUCUCCGUGCCGACGGCGAUCCAGCUCUACGACCUGCAGGACCGCCUCGGCCUUAACCAGCCCAGCAAGGUCGUCGACUGGCUGCUCAACGCCGCGCGCCACGAGAUCGACAAACUGCCGCCGCUCCAGUUCCCGCCGCAGGACCACCUCAUGGUCGGCCACCUGCCGUCGCCCAUGCCUCUGGUGCACGAGGAGAAGUUCGGCCACAUCGCCGCCGCGGUGGCGCUCGCGAGCGACGGCGCCAAGGCCGGCCAGAGCGACGUCGAUGGGAGCGGAGCACACCACCUGGGGAGGUUUCCCGGUGGCUACCACCGCUUCAUGGGGCUGAACGAUCCCCUGGGCAUGGUCAGUAGUAGCGCAAUGGCGCCGUACAACAACUAUACCGGCGAGUCAUGGAAUAACAGCAGCGUGCAUGACAGCGGCGCCGGCUCGACGCAGGUAGCAGCCGCUGCGGCGGCUCACCACUUUCCGUUCCCGUCGCUGCUGUCCUUGGCUCCAGGGCCGCACCCGCACCAGCUGGUGUUCUACUCCUCGGAAGCAGACCAGCAGUUCCAGGUGGAUAACCUUGCCUCGCAUGGCUUGUCCUUGAGGUCGGCGAGGGCUUUCCAUGAUCAGACAGGAAGCUAGCUAGCUAGACUGCUGGAACUCUUCGGUCGAGAUUAAGGUAAGAAUAAUGCUCUCUGAUCCCAAAGUACAAUCUAGCUGCCUGGUACAAGUGUGGCAUCAAUUUCUAAGUGCUUCUUCAAGGGACAAUUAAGCGCGUGGUUUCAUAAUUGAUACGUUGCUAGAUAUGAAACAGAGUAAACUUGCGGGGCUUGCAGCGGGUGUGUGCAAUACGAAUUUGUUACUUCUGUUAUACACAAAGGAGUAAUAUUAAUGUUUGCUGGCUUGUACAAUAAUAAUAUGAAUUUUCAUAAUAUUCUGAUUUUUUAGUUAGAA